ACUCCUCUCUAAAAAGGAACCCAAAGGCAAAGAGUUCAAAUCAGGAGGGAACGGAUUAAAACUUUGACUUGCUAUCAAAGAGAGAGAGAGACCACUUUGGGCGCGGGAAAAUGUCCGUCGAGUCCCUCAGUCGCCUAUAAAAACCCUAAUUCCCCAUCAAAGCCCCAACAAAAAUCUCGACCCUCUCUCUAUCUCUCUCUCUCUCUCUCCAAAUUCACGAUCCCCUUCUCCGUCCCUCUCAUCGACCGAUCGGCGCCCUAAAAAUGUUUCGAUAUGCCGUGUUAGAUCCCUCUCGAAGAACCUAGGGUUUUGUUCGUCUUUUGUGGCGCAAAUCAUGAGUUGCUCGUAAAAUCUCUUACAAAGUUUUCGUUUGCUCGUAAAGACUUGAUCUUGACGGUUGCAGAGAGCGAGGAUUUUGUUUUGUUUGUUGAAAAUGGCUGAUGUGUUUGAAGAGGAAGCAGAGCCCACGGUUUCAAUCCACGAGUACCUCAAAGGCGUCGAGGAACAGGAAUUGGAAGCGGAUUUGGUUUUGGGUGGUGAUGAUGGCAAAGAGUGCACUUAUACCAAAGGUUAUAUGAAGAGGCAGGCAAUCUUCUCAUGCUUGACCUGCACCCCAGAGGGAAAUGCUGGAGUUUGCACUGCAUGUAGCUUGUCUUGCCAUGAUGGCCACGAGAUUGUGGAGUUGUGGACCAAGAGAAACUUUAGGUGUGAUUGUGGAAACUCAAAAUUUGGGGAGGUCUUCUGCAAGCUUUUCCCAAACAAAGAAGUAGAAAACGUGGAUAAUGCAUAUAACCAUAACUUUAAAGGUUCAUAUUGCACAUGUGGUCGCCCCUAUCCUGAUCCAGAAGCUGAGGAACAAGUAGAAAUGAUUCAGUGCUGUAUCUGUGAGGACUGGCUUCAUGAGGAGCAUAUUGGCCUUGAGUCUUCUGAUGAGAUUCCAAGAGAUGAGGAAGGAGAGCCGUUAUAUGAGGAUUUUAUUUGCCCAGUUUGCUCAGAAGCUUGUUCUUUCUUGACCCUUUAUCCUCAAACUAUUUGGGCAGUAAAGCAGCAUGAUGUUACUAAUGCAACCAAAGACAAAAAUGUGUUGGAAGAUGUUCCUUCAGCUUGCGGAUCCUCUGAGAAGCUUGAGAAUGUCAUAUCUUCUUUAGAAUCUCCCAAAGUAAACUGUCUAUUGCCUACUGCUACAUCUGAAGUGGUUUCUAAUGGGAAGGGUAUACUUGCUGUAGAGACCUCUGAGAAAGAACCUGAUUCUAUUGAACAAAUUCAGGGUUCUGGUCCAAGUACCGUUUGCGUUCUUGGAGUCGAUCUGGUUGGAGCUCCACCUGCUUUAGAAAAGACUAAACCGAUGUUUCUCUCUAAAAACUGGAGAGAUGUCCUCUGCAGGUGUGAUAAGUGUGCAAAUUUCUGCACCCAAAAGGGAAUCGGUUUCUUGCUUGACAAGGAAGAUUCAAUUGCAGAGUAUGAGAAAAUGGCAAAGCAGAAGAGGGAAGAGAAGUUGCAGCAACAGGAGGGUGUUGAGUUGAACUUUCUGAAUAAUCUUGGUCAUGUGGAGAAAAUGGAGAUCCUGAAUGGUAUUACAGACAUGAAGAAUGAGAUUCAUACUUUCCUGGAGUCCUUUGAUGCAUCAAAGCCAAUAACAUCUGAAGACGUCCACCAAGUUUUUGAGAAUCUCGCCAAGAAACGCCGGAGAAUGUAAGUCAUCCCUAGAUCUGUACUAAAGUCAUGGAGCUAGUCCAGGUUCAGAAAAACCUAGAAAGCAUACUUUUGAGUGUUUUCUGAGGAUUUCUUAAAACUGCUGUACUCUUAUGUAACUGUUAACUUCAGUAACCUUAUUGUGCUUUACUCCUAUUUAGCUGCUAGUAGUCAAAUAUUUUUGAAAAUGCUUAUGGAACCCCUUUGAUGCC